CAGCACCUCUGCUAUCAAUCCUAAUUAAACAAUCACUUGGAGCUCUCAUUUCUCUACAUUUUUCUUGAGUUUUCAUCGAAACGCGUCGAUGAAGUUCGACGUGCCGGUCGUUUGAAGAAGACCGCAAGGACUGAUCUAGGAACAUCUUCUUAUGGCCUAGGACGAGGCUCAAGAAUCCUUAAUAUCCAAUCUCAAGGACCAGAUGGACAAGAAUCUCCUUCAAAGGCACAGGAAUCGCCGGAACUCGCCCUCGGCGGUGCAGAAAUCCCCGUGCUCAAAAGAAACCGAAGAUUUACCGCCCCUAGAUUCCCUGUCCUUGCUGACAAGGCCAACCUUCCGAGUUGUAGUCUUACUCCUGGGAGCCUACCUCGGCAUCGGUACCUUCAGUUUCUUCCUUUUAAUGGACCAUAUUGAGGGCAAGAAAACGAAUGGGAUCCUCGACGCGCUUUACUUUUGCAUCGUGACCAUGACCACAGUCGGGUAUGGAGAUCUCGUGCCUAGUAGCACACUGGCCAAGGUUCUCGCAUCGCUAUACGUGUUCACGGGAAUGGCUUUAGUCGGAUUAAUUCUAAGUAAGGCGGCCGACUACAUUGUAGAGAAGCAAGAGAUUCUCUUAUGUAGAGCCUUCCACUUUGACGACAAGAGUGGUCCGGAAUACAAAGAGGCCGAGUUCCACAAGGUCAAGUACAAGUUUUUAACUUCCAUGGCCAUUCUUCUGGUCCUCAUAGCUGUCGGGCUCGUGUUCUUGUCCUCAGUGGAAAAUCUCGACUUUGCUGACGCGUUAUAUUGUGUUUGUUCGACUAUUACGACUCUUGGGUAUGGGGACGAGAGCUUCUCGACAGCAAAGGGCCGAUUGUUUGCGGUUUUCUGGAUACUGAGCAGUACCAUCUGCUUAGCUCAGUUCUUCUUUUACUUGGCUGAGUUGGGAUCUGAAAGCAGGCAGAGAUCGCUAGUGAAGUGGCUCCUCGGACGGAAAAUUACGAGCUUGGACCUGGAGGAGGCCGAUCUUGACCAGGACAAAGCCGUCAGCGUUGCGGAGUUUGUGCUGCAUGAGCUGAAAAGGAUGGGGAAGAUUAAGCAGAACGAUAUCGCGGUUCUACUGGAACGAUUCAAAAAUCUCGAUCUCAACCACUCGGGGACUCUUACUCCAGAUGAUUUAAUUCAACUUUAGUGAUAAAUUCAUCAUCGUCACCACAACGAUGAUUUAUCAUCCGUCAGAUACAAUAUCAUACACAUUUUGUCAAAUUUGAAAGCUUUUGUGUAAUAUGUCAUACCGCAUCUGAUUUAAUUCAA